AUGUCUAUCGAGCGGGAAGUCAAAUUGCUCCGGCAAGAGCUCUAUCAAUUGCAAAUCAAACUGAAGGACGUCGAAUUGAAGUUACUGGAACGGACCACGUUGGAGUCAACUUGGAAUCGGAACGACUACCCCUCCCUCGUUCGCAAUGAUCUAGCGAGUAGUCGAAGCAGCAUUGCUGGAAAGGUUGUGCCUGCAGUUAGAAAAGGCAAUCACUCAACACUUCGCAGCCGUUCAUUCAAAGUGAUGCGACAUCUCAUAAAUGUCGUUGAUGUCUCAAGUACAGCUAGUGAGCCCAAGAAGAAGCGCAUCAUCAGAGACAGUUUGCGGGAUCCAAUUGCCUCUGCUUCACCAGCAACAAAGUUGAAAGCCUCAGCGCGGCCAAAGAAGGCAACGAACACGCCACCAAAGGGGCCGUCAGCUCUGUUGAGUAGUCAAAAGGACUCCUGUGUCUCAUCAAUCUCGGUUCGACCAUUGGCAGAUCCCCGACCAGAGGUGGAACCAAAAUCAAAGCCGCAGCAUCUUACACCUCCUAGGAACCCAAAAGAUAAUCCCAGUACAAUCUCUGCAACCCCCCGUCACUUGCAUCCUAAACGGCCUCGCCGAGUUCAACUCUUGAACGACUUGUCUACUGCAGACAAAGAAGCCAACUUCAAAACCUCUCAAGCUGUCAGUAAACUACCCAUCACAAAGGAAAUCAGGACCGAUGCUCAAUCCAGGUUGGAAGAAGUAAUACCGAAGGCAGCUGAGGUGCCUACGGUCACAAAAACACCAGGGGACAUCCUGCCUGAAGUUUUUUUGAGCAACGACCUCCAACUUCGCUGUGGACGAUUCUCUCUGCUCAAGUUCGACCCUGAUGUACUAAACCUCAUACCGACAUCAGUCAAAGAGAAAAGAUUCAUGGAAACUACAACAUUAACUGACAUUCAAAACUUGCCCCAUGCAUCGGAAAUCUUGAUUAGAAGACAAAUACUUGGACUCUGGGAAUGGAAAGAAGGCACCUCAAAAGCUGUAUUGCAUGAAUUCAAGACGCCUGAACGUGGUGCAACUAUCAGCACUAGAGGAUAUAAGUUUGUUGGCUUUGCUUGGAAAGGUCACUUAGGACAACAGCCCCCAAGAAUAGAAGAACUUCAUGAAGACAUCUCACAAGGAGCCGACACUCUCAGAUGGUAUUGGUUCAAAGAUCUCUGGUUACUUUUUUACUUUGAUUAA